AUGGUUGAGAGAAGGCUCCAGAGACUGAUCGAUGAGAAGCCGGUCUGGAAAAGUGUGAAAUCCAAUGUCACAAGCAAGCUAUGUGCCAACAAAACUAGUUAUCUGCUUGCUGUACGACAGAUGGAAGUUUUGGAGCACAGAAGUAUCCGGUCCACCAAAGCUGCGAUCAUUCGGGAGAUCGAAAGGCUGCCAAGCUCUUUAGAAGAUUCAUAUUAUCUGGCUAUGGCUGAUGAAAAAAGUGAGUGGGUGAAACUAGCCCUUUCUUGGGUUGUGAAUGCGAUGCGCCCUCUUUCUGUCGCCGAGCUGCGAGUUGCUGUAGCUAUGGGCGAUUACGAUACGCAUUCAGUGCAGUCUUUCACAAACUCGAUUUCAUGUGAUAUUGUCGGUGAUUUGAUGCAACGUGCCGGCUCAUUGAUCCAGAUAGUCGAUGAUCAAGUGCUACCAUGCCAUAGAUCCCUGCAAGAUAACCUAUCUGGAUACUGGAACAAGCAGUCCCCAAAUGCGGGCCCCCAUCUGAAAAUAUUAGAGAAUUGCUUGGACUAUCUUGAUCUUACUUUUAUUCCCAGCCCAGAUACGCCAAAGGACGUCGAAAUAGACGAGAGCUUGGUUGAGUAUGCUUGCUUGUACUGGCCCAGACACUUGCUCAGUAUCCAUCCAUCUGCGCGUGCUCGUGCCAUUGGAAAGGUCUUCUAUCUCCUAGGAAAGCCCGUCUGGCUCCACAAGUGGGCUGAGAUUUACAUGCAGCUUGCUGGCCCAUCGAUGAUUUCGAUACCUAGAACAAGGCUGCAAGUACUCUGCUACUUUGGUCUCAAUGAAGUGAUCUCUGAAGAGCUGACGAAAGUUAUGUUUGAUCCCGAACUCAAGUCAAACGUGCAGGCUUCGCUUGAGCUGGCUGCAUGGGGAGGAAUCUCGAAGCUGUUAAGAAGCUACUUCCUUUGGGGGUCAAUACAGCUCAUGCCCUCGGGCUUGCUGCAGGCCGGGAAUUUGUCCAGCCCAACAGGAUUUACACCAUUGCAUCAAGCCGCAUGUCGGGGGCGAGAGAAGGCGGUCCAAUUUCUUUUCAAAAACGGCGCCAACGUGGAUAAGAAAACAGCUUGCGGCGAAUCUACCGCGCUUCAUCUUGCUUCUCGAACUGGUCAAGCUGUUGUGGUUAAAAUGCUCAUUGAUCAAGGUGCGGAUACCUUGAUCAGGGAUGGUGAAGGCUAUAACGCUUUGAUGCUCGCAGCCCGCGCUGGCUUUUUGGAAACUGUGGAAAUUUUGCUACAGGACGAAAAUGGAAAAGUUAUGUGUCAAGAAACAAUUGGAGGAAACACUGCACUUCAUUUGACAGUGGAGUUUGGGCACCUUCAGACGACUGCAAGACUCCUGGGAUAUUAUCGGCAUCUCUACCUCCCUGGUCUUCUUAAUGAUGCCAAAGAGUCGCCGCUGCACUUGGCUGCCAAGGAGGGCUAUACUGAAAUUCUCCGAAAAUUGAUGGCCCAAACCAAGGUCAAACAGAAAGAUCUCCAGUCAAAUAUGGAUAAUGGCCAGGAGCAGUACUCGAUAAGUAUAGAAUUGCCUCAAUUUGGCGUGGACGCCCAUGCGGACAAGGAUGACCAGAGAAUUUUGCCUGAUAGUUACGUUCCUACACCGCUUCAAUUAGCGGCCGGAGGAGGUCAUCUUAAUGUUAUUGAUUAUUUGCUGGCAGACAAUAUGUACACCACCGACAUAGACCGCAGCAUCGCCUUCUUAGUUGCCGCUCAAAAAGGAAGACUUGAUGCAGCCGAAAUUCUUCGAAGGCACGGGACAAAGGAUAUUGUGAGCGAUGCAGCAGGAAACACAUCUCUACACCUCGCUGUCUUUGGGGCGCAUAUUGAUACUGUUAAAUAUUUGGUAAAAUUUCAACCAGCACUUCUGAAGCGACACAACAAAGAGGGAUUGACGCCGCUGCAUAUAGCGUCAGAAAUGUGGAAUCUUCGACUUGUGAAACUUCUUCUCGAAAUUGAUUCUGCAAUGGGAUCUAUUCGAACUAAAAAUGGCCAGACGCCACUCGCACUCGCUAUCGAACAGCGCCAUCCACAAGUGGGUUCCAGCCCACUGGUGAUCCAGACCCUCUACAAUUCAAUCGAGGACCCUGUUUUGCGGCAACAAGAGGGACGCAAAUCCUUCUUAAAGGCUCUCCAGAUUUCGGCGUCUGUAGCCGCAAUCCAGCUUAUCGCCGAUGGAGUCGAGAUAAACCUAGAUCAAGAUUUGGCAAUGAUCAUCGAAAAUGAUCGUAUUCUCGAGGCUAUUCUCGCCAAUCGAAAAGAUUUGAGUUGGGUGGUUGCCGAUGAAAAUAAGCGAUCCCCCCUUUCUAUUCCCUUGCAUCUGGCCGUAAUCAAGAGACGGCAAAAGGCUGCCGAGCUGCUACUGGAGAAGGCCCAUCUAGACCCAGAUACUAGAUGUGCCGAGAACAAAACAGCUCUCCAUCUAGCAGCGGACAUGGGCUAUCACGAAAUGUGCCAAAUUUUGCUGGAAUUCAAGGCAGAUGUCAACUCCCAGGAUAAUGAGGGAGGCACACCUCUGUUCAUUGCAUCAUACCAAGGCCAUGCGGAGGUUGUUCGGGAGCUUCUGAAGUGGAAGCCAAAUGUGGACAUUUGGGAAAAUGAACAUGGAUGGACACCACUCCACGCCGCUUAUGAUAAUUAUCAAAUUACCAAAAUGCUUCUUCAAGCAGGAGCCGACAAGUCAUUGAUGACUUAUGGCGUCAAGUCUACGGCAUUAGCAAUGGCGGCAUAUGGACAUAUCGAAGUAACUCGACUUCUUAUUGACACUGGUAGUGAUCUCAACACAGUGGAUGCGGCAGGAGAAACAAUAGUCCAUCGUGCUGUCAUCGGAGAGAGCCUCGAAAUUCUGCGCCUGUUUAGUUCUGUCAGCAAUGGGAUUGACUUUGAUGUGGAGCGAAAAGACAAAUCAACUCCAUUACAUCUUGCUGCUGCGGCAGGGGUCAAAGAAAUCGUCAUAUUUCUCCUAGAUCACGGUGCGCAGGUCGAGAGAGUAUGCGAACCCUAUGGUACCGUGUUGAUGGCAGCAGUUCUGAGUCUGAAAACGGACGUGGUUCAACUACUCCUUGAUAAAGGUGCCAAUUUGAAUACAAUAGUUAAUGACCAUGGCACUGCUCUCUGCGUGGCAGCAAGGGCCGGUGCUGAGAAGGUCGUUCGACUGCUCUUGAACCGCGAUGCCGAAGUGAACCCCACCGAGGGCCAAUUUACGAGCGCGCUCCAUACGGCAAUUGAGAAUAAUCACGAGACCGUGGCCAACAUUCUAUUGGAUUCUUUGGCAAAUGUCGACUCAGAGCCAUUGACCGGUCACUCAACACUCCAAUUAGCAACAGAUGCAGGGCUUUUCAGCAUUGUCGAGCGCCUGCUCAAAACCGGAGUAAAUGUGGAUUUCACAAAUGCAGGAAUGGACAGCCCUAUUUGCAUCGCAACUACCAGGAAGAACACUCGGAUUCUUGAUCUUCUUCUUAGCGCCAAUGCGGAUCCUACUUCUUGUUCCGCCGAGGGCGAGUCGGCUCUGUUCAUAGGCGUUGCUUUGCAGCUUCAUGAUGCAGUAAGAUCGCUCCUCGAGAAAGGAGCACGAGAUUUCUCAGCCCUCAGAGAGUCAAUCGAACAGGGUGAUCUAGAAAUGAUGCAGCUUUUACUUCAUUAUAUGACUAUUAUCGAUGCUGAUAACGUGAACAGAGAACCAUUGCUCCACAUUGCUGUGCGAAAAGGACACAACCAUAUUGCCAUGGAGCUCCUUGCGAAAGAUGCCAUGGUCACCGGUUGGGAUCACUUCGGUACACCACUCCUCUCUCAAGCCAUAACUUGGAAGAAUGAUGAAAUGGUCCAAUUCUUAUUGGGACAUGCCGAAACCAAUCCUAACACAACAGAUGACUUUAGACGCACUCCACUUAUGCUGGCGAUACUUCAUGGUGGUGACAAACACGUUCCUUUAUUGACUAGCGAAGAAGUUGACGUCAAUGCCACUGAUAUAGAAGGAAAAUCUGCAUUGAUUCAUGCCUGCAUACUUGAUAGCCUGAAAUCGGCAAUGCGCCUACUGGAAGCUGGUGCAGAUCCCACCAUAGAGGACCACCGAGGGCGCGGAGCCCUUUAUUGGUCAUGUCGUGAAGCUUCCACAGAGCUCUUCAGAGCCAUUCUAGGAAUCCUUAAAACCAAUUUUAGCGAUUGCUACGCAAAUCAGCGCAGCAAUGCCUUAUCCGCUGCAAUUGCAGCUAACCGUCUCUCUAUGCUUGAAGACCUUCUAGCUGAUGAUGAUUGCCCGACCGAGAGUGACAGUAUUGACGGCUGGAACCCCAUCUAUACAUGCCUUCUUUAUCGCCGCUCGAUACUCAGAGAUCGCUUGUUGGAUUCUAAUUUUAAUCUGGAGGUUCCGAUACCUGAACGACCUUCUGCGUGGUCAAUCACCGAUUGUCACAGUGGGCUUGAAGUACACCCGAGUGGACUUGGUAUCUCUGUUCGCAGUGGCAAAAGUUUCGUUGCGGGAGAAGCCCAUGCAGUCGUCCGUGCCAAUUAUCCUAUGUACCCAAUCGAGAGUCUGGGGAAUGUCUACUACUUCGAAGUCAAGAUUAAUUCAUCACAUCCACUGAGGUAUCUCUUUGUCCUCCUAAUUUUGUCUCACUUACUAAUUCAGGCCGUCCGGGUUAGGAGCUGGGCAAUCGGGGUUUGUGAUGAGCUUGCAUCUCUGCAUCAGAUGUUGGGCUGGGCAGAGGAGUCAUGGGGCUUCCAUUUGGACGGUGACAUUUAUAGCCGUGGAAGAUGUACAGAAAUCGAAGUUCCCAAAGAGGAUACCUGCGUGGGAUGCGGGGUCAACUUUGAUAAGGAGUUCGUCUUUUUCACUCACAACGGAGUGCUAAUUGGCAAGUGCCACUUUGUCUUUAGAGAUUAG